GAGAUUAACCGGGCUGGAGUGACCACCGCCGGGAGACUGCGGAGGCGAGCGAUGGGUCAGUUCUCAGAGCUGAAGCUAGCUGUGCCUUGGGGCCAUAUCGCCGCCAAAGCCUGGGGCUCCCAGCAGGGCCCCCCAGUUCUCUGCCUGCACGGCUGGCUGGACAAUGCCAACUCCUUUGACAGACUCAUCCCUCUUCUUUCGAAAGACUUUCAUUAUGUUGCCAUGGAUUUCGGGGGUCAUGGGCUCUCGUCCCAUUACAGCCCAGGUCUCCCGUAUUACCACCAAAACUUUGUGAGUGAGGUCCGAAGGGUUGCAGCAGCCCUGAAAUGGAGCCGUUUUUCCCUCAUCGGCCACAGUUUUGGUGGCCUUGUGGGUGGAAUGUUUUCCUGUGUCUUCCCCGAGAUGGUGGAUAAACUUAUCUUGCUGGACGCCACACCAUUUUUUCUGGACACUAAUGAAAUAGAGAACUUGCUGACCUACAAGCGGAGAAACACAGAGCACAUGCUGCAGGUGGAGGCCUCCAAGAAGCCCUCGAAAGUGGUCAGCCAGGAGGCGAUGCUGCAGGGGUUCCUGAAGAAUAACAGUCACGUGGGAGAGGAGUGCGGGGCUCUCCUCCUGCAGAGAGGGACCACGCAGGUGGCCACAGGUCUGGUGCUGAACAGAGACCGGAGGAUCGCCAAGAUAGAGCAUUGCUUAGAUUUCGUCAGCAAGGAGCUGUUUGAGCACUACAUCAGGAAGCUGCAGGCCCGCGUCCUGCUCAUCAAGGCAACCCAAGGAUAUCAUGAUGUGAGGAGAGAGAAUGAUGCCAACACAGAACCCAUGCUGUUCAAGAUCGGUAUGCUGAGAGCUGUCCUGAAAGAGCGGUUCCAGUUUGUGGAAGUCACAGGCAAUCACUACGUCCACAUGAACCAACCCCAGCUCGUGGCCAGUGUCAUCAACUCCUUCUUACAGAGCAAGGAGAGGAUCCCAGCUCAGCUGUAGCCCCGGGGCUACGAGACCUCCUGCUUAGCACGGGACUCCCAGCUCCUGAGCCCAGGCCAGGCGUGGUGGGGACAGGCCUUCCUGAUCCUGAAGACCAGCAUGGCUGGCACAGAAGCUUGUGGCAGAGUUGAGGAGGACAUGCCAGGAUUCUGACUUUAAUACCUGUGACUGCAAG